UCAGCGCCGCGACACUUAUUUGAAAGCUUCUCACAUGGAGCAAUAGUUUGACACUUUCAUCUUUACCCUUUUGUGCCGCUAAUCUGCGCCGGGACUGACUUCGGCGCACACUUCCACCGUUACGGUUCACCUCUCCGCCCGCGUAUAGCUCUAAAUAGGUCACGGAGCCCGCUGUGGUUUGCCCGCUGACCCGCUCUGUAGCUCCCGAACUCCCGAUCAGAUUCCCGUUGUGAGUCCCGGCUACGAUGGUGGUGCUCAAACACCUCCCUCCACCCACCGAGGGCGUGCGGCACGAACAGACCGACACCACGGCGGUGAUGGACGGACAACGGCUUGGCUGCGGGACCCUUUACGUAGCAGAAACGCGUCUGUCGUGGUUCGAUGGCUCUGGCCUGGGCUUCGCUCUGGAAUACCCCUCCAUUGGGCUUCACGCCAUCUCCAGAGAUCUGAGCACAUACCCCCAGGAGCACCUCUACGUCAUGUUCAAUGGCAAACUCAGUGAAGAAAAUGAAUCCGAAAUGCCCGAAGACGACAGCGACAGUGAAGAGGACAGGGCCAUCACUGAAAUCCGAUUUGUGCCCACAGACAAGAGCGCAUUGGAGUCUAUGUUCAGUGCCAUGUGCGACUGCCAGGCACUGCACCCUGACCCCGAUGACCAGGACUCGGAUGAGGACUUUGAGGGCGAUGAGUAUGAUGUGGAGGAGGCAGAGCAGGGCCAGGGGGAUGUGCCCUCCUUCUACACGUGUGAGGAGGGUCUGUCUGCGCUGACGGCAGAGGGCCAGGCCACACUGGACAGACUGGAGGGCAUGCUGGCCCAAUCUGUGUCGGAGCAGUACCGCAUGGCCGGAGUCCGCACUGACGAGUCCACUGCCCAGUUUGAAGAUGGCAUGGAGGUGGAAGCAGAGGCGGGACAGUUUGAGGAUGCUGAUGUGGAUCAUUGAGCCCAGGCGAGCACUGAGGGCACUGUUGGUUCAUCUCUAUGUGAAUGUUUUGUAAAUGAGGACCAAUUUUGAGUUUGCCUAAAUAAAUUCUGUUUGUGUUUGUAUGAAUGUUUAAAUAAAAAGCACUUGUUUUGUAA